AUGGCGUCAGGACUUGAAACCUAUGUUAAUCAUACUGUAUCUAUAAUCACGUCGGAUGGCAGAAAUUUUGUUGGAACAUUAAAAGGAUUUGAUCAAACUAUUAAUUUAAUUCUCGAUGAUUCACAUGAGCGAGUUUACAGUAUGACACAAGGUGUCGAGCAAGUUGUUUUGGGUCUCCAUAUAAUCAGAGGCGAUAAUGUAGCAAUAAUCGGAGAGUUGGAUGAUGAUGUCGAUUCUAAACUAAAGCUUAGAUCGAUCCGUGCAGAACCUUUAAGUGCUGUAACACAUUAA